AUGGGAAAUGAGGAAAAUAUUCUGCUGGAGGCUUUUGGACUUUCCGAGCCGGUCGUCGUUACUCUCUUGGUGUCUGAUUAUCCAGAGAAAAAUGUAACACUGCUCCGGCGAAAAGUCACCCUGAACUCUGAUAAUAAUUACAGUGUCCUCAAAACCAUAACGAUUCCUCCAAGAAAACGACACCAAGACCCAACAAUCAGAAAAUAUGUUCGGCUGCUAGCCGAGUUUGGACCCUUCCAACAGGUUGAGUACAUCAGUAAAGUGUCUUUUCUUUCUGGAUACAUCUUCAUCCAGACAGACAAGCCCAUCUACAACCCAGGAGACACAGUGCGCUUCAGAGCCUUUGUUUCUAAUCCAGAGUUUCAGGCUUUCAACAAUACAAUUUCUGUUGAAAUUCAGAACACUGAUGGAAUUACAGUCCAUGCUAAAUCUGCCGUCAGAGCAGCCGACGGCAUUUACUCUGACACUUACGCACUCUCAGACUUUGUCAAAGAGGGCAAGUGGAAAAUUGUUGCAAAAUUCGACGACUGGAGAAACAAGACAUAUAGUGCACCUUUUGAGGUGAAGAAAUAUGAGCUUCCAGCAUUCAAUGUCACGCUGGUACCGUCAAAGUUCCAUCUGAGUUUAGAAGAUAAAGAGUUGAAGGUGAAGGUGUAUGCCAAAUAUUUUUAUGGCGAGAAAGUGGACAGUGUUGCUCACGUGGUGUUUGGAAUCAAGAAAGAGGGCGUGAAUGAACGAGUCUCCUCUAUGAAGCAAGUGAAAGAUCUGAAUGGUGGGAUUGCCACAUUGACCGUUGAUGAACUUAAGAAAGCAUACCCUGAUGUCAGACACUUAGAGGGCGUGUCUAUAUAUAUUAAAGCUUCUGUGUUGACCAGCACAGGAAGUGACCUUGUGGAGGCGGUGAAGUCGGGCAUCAAAAUCAUCUUCACACCAUAUGUUCUUGCCAUUAAAGACACAUCAAGGUUUUUUAAAACUGGCCUGCCAUUUGACUUGACGGUUACAGUCAGCCAUCAUGACGGGUCCCCGGCUCCGAAUGUUCCAGUGAAAAUCAGCUUCUUGACCACUCCUGUUAAAGUGCACAGUGGCACAAUUAGAGUGUCCCUUAAAAUGCCAUAUGACUUUACCACCAAGACUAUAAAGGUAAAUACGGUAGUCCCAAAGCUGAAGCCUGAGCAGCAGGCAAAGACUGAAUGGUUGGUGGAGCCCUUCAUGCCUUUCAAAUUGGUAGACCCAAACCAGCUUUACAUCACUGUAGACAAGAAGGAGGCAAAAGUAGGUGACACUGUAGACUUCCGUCUGCAUCUCAGCCUCACCUCCAGCCAAGAAAGGAUCAAACCUGGACAGCUUUCAUAUACCGUGUUAAACAAAGGGAAGAUAAUCCGGGCAGGCAAAGUAAAUUUAAGCAAGUAUAAUGCAGCCAAAUUUUCCCUUCUGCUGACACCAGAGAUGGUGCCUGCGUUCCGCUUCGUGGCCUACUACAUUUUACCAUUACAGCAUGACGUAGAUUUGAUGGCCGAUUCCCUUUUGGUGAAUGCGAAGAGCCAAUGUUUGGGGUCGCUCAAGGUUGAACAGUUAAGGGGUAAGGCGAAACAAUCAUACUCACCAGGCGACAGCUUUAGAUUUCAACUGAGGGGUGAUCCUGGAGCGAAGAUCAGCCUUGUGGCCGUGGACAACUCCCUUCUCCUGCUAAGUAAGAGCCAUCUCACGCAAAAGAAGAUUUGGGACACGCUGGGACAAGGGGAUUUGGGCUGCUCUUCGGGUGGAGGGAGGAACAGCAUGGGUCCUGUAGGUUCGGCAGGUUUUGCAGGUCUUAUCGGUGCACAAGAAGUUUUUCAUCAGCAACAUGGAGUGAGUGAUGAGUUUUAUGAUGAGCUAAAUGACAUUUAUGUACGCACCAAGUUCUUUGAGUCAUGGCUGUGGACUGAUGUCCAACUUCCUGAAACCCCUGGGCCAGAUGGAUUGGCAGUUGCACCACUGGUGUCUGUUCUCCCUGACAGCAUCACUCAGUGGGGGAUUCUGGGGAUCAGUGCAUCAGCUAGCACAGGUUUCUGUGUAGCCGAGCCGUUCAAUGUCCGGGCAUGGAAGCCGUUCUUCAUCAAACUGCGUCUUCCUCGCACCGCAGCCAGAAACGAACAUGUUGAGGUGAAGGCCGUGCUACACAACUACAUGAGCAAGGACCUGAAGGUGCUGGUGGUCUUGUCAAAAAUGGUGAAUAUGUGCAGUGUGGCAUAUACUGAGGAUCACAAGCAGGAGGUGUUUGUACAAGCUAAAUCCUCUGUGCUCAUCCCCUACACUGUAAUUCCGCUGAAAACAGGAGAGCUCCCCCUGCAGGUCACCGCCAUAUCACGCACUGGACGGGACGCUGUCCGGAAAACUCUCCGUGUAGUGAUGGAAGGCAUUCAGAAGAUGAAUGUGAUGAGUUUUGUGUUGAACCCUGCUGAUAAAGGAGACAGUGGAGGAAAGCAGCUGAUUCGGGUGAAAAGAGCUACAUUGAGUUCUGUGGUUCCCAACUCUGUUCCCAAAAGAUUUGUCAACAUCAGAGGUAAUCUGUUGGCCGACAGCCUUAAUAACUCCAUCAGUCAGGACUCGCUGGCGGCGCUGAUCCAGAUGCCUGGAGGCUGUGUGGAGCAAAACUUGGCUAGAAUCAUGCUCCCGCUCAUCGCCGUUCAUUAUCUGGACCGCAGCUCGCAAUGGGAGAGUGUAGGAAUCCAGCGCAGGGAGGUUGCCAUCUCAUACAUAAAAACUGGCUACGAGAACCAGCUUCAUUUCCGUAAAUCAGACAAAUCGUAUCCACCAUAUAAGAAUGAAGGAACCAGCACCUGGAUCACAGCGUUCGUGGUGAAGGUGUUCUCCAUGGCUUACCCGUUCAUCACGGUGGAUAUGCAGAACAUCUGUGGCCUGCUUUACCUGCUCAAACACAAGCAGCUUCCAUCUGGAGCGUUCAAGGAGGACAACCCGGUCUAUACCACCUCCAUGACGGGAGGUCUUCAGGGUGCUGAAUCCACGGAAACUCUGACUGCGUUUGUAUUGAUAGCAUUGGCUGAAGCUAAGGGUGCUGUUACAUGCAGCGAUUCACAAGUAAACACAGAGUUGCUGUUCCAAAGAGCAGGAGCAUAUCUUAAGGAGCGGUACCACCAGCUGCGCAGGCCGUACUCUGUAGCGAUUGCGUGUUACGCCCUGGCUGUGAGCAAUCAGGGCUGCUCGAAGAUCGUGUUGCUGAAAUCCGCAUCAGCGGACCGUAAGCACUGGCCGGAUGCAGAAAACACAUUCUUCACGCUGGAGGCGACAGGUUACGCACUGCUGGCCCUGCUUAAAGGAGGCCAUGUUCAGGAGGCGGCCGCUCCGUUCCAGUGGCUGAAUCAGCAGCGACGGGUCGGGGGAGGAUUCGGACCCACCCAGUCCACCAUGGUGGUACUACAGGCUCUGUCCGAGUACCUGGUGAUGAAACCUUCUCCAGCUGACAUGAAUCUGAAGGUGGUUCUCAGAGUUCCCUGUCGCUCAGAUAUUCACCAGGCCUUCACCAAACAUCUGGCUCAUGUAUCAUAUUCCUUCUCGGUGCCUACAGAUCAGGACUUCUCAGUAAUGGCCUCAGGAAGUGGUCAGGGGAUCCUGGAGGUGGUAACUGUGUAUAACGAGUUGCCUGAUGUACACAAGAACAGCUCCUGUAAGGGAUUUGAGCUGAACGUCUCUAUUAGCGAGAGCGAUGAGAAGCCUCCAGCAGAGGUCGAGAAGGUGUAUAAACUCAGUAUCAAUGUAAGAGCUCUGGAGCAGCAUGAGGUGCGCAUGGCCGUGUUGGAUAUCAACCUGCCGACAGGCUUUGAACCAGAGACCUCCGACCUUGAGCUGCUGACCAACACUGUGGAUCGCUACAUCAACAAUUUCCAAGUGGUGGACAAUCUGAGCGAUCGAGGUUCCCUCAUCAUUCAUCUGUUCAAGGUCUCCAACAAAGAAGCAGACGUCAUUACGUUCAGGCUGAACCAGAAAUUUAAAGUGGGCCUACUGCAACCGUCUACAGUUACUGUCUACCAGUAUUACAAUCCAGAUAAACGCUGCAGCAGGUUUUACACUCCACCGAAGGAUAAGGAGCAGCUCGGUCAGAUCUGCAAAGGCAACGUUUGCCGCUGCACGCAGGGUACAUGCACAGUCUGGGGAAGGAGACGUGGGUGGAACACUGGCCGUCACCAGCCGAGUGUAACGGUCGGGCGCAAGACAAAUGCAAGGAGCUGGAGAAAUACGCAUCUGUAUUGGGGGACACUGGCUGCCGGACCUGAGAAACACCACACAUAGGGUUGUUUUCUACACACACCCGUGCUUUAUGAUAUACAUUUGUGCAUGUGUGCGUGCUGAACUGUCCAUUUUACGUACGGAACCUUUAGCAUAGUGAACCGUUUCCUAUACAAACAGCACACGGAUCUAAAUAAAGCUUUACAUUAACACUGA